CGGCCGCGUUUCCUCGGCGCAGGCGCGAUCGCGGCGUGACUAAGAUGGAGGUCGGGGCAGCGCCGCCGCCGUUCUGGGCCGGGGGUCCGGCCCCGGGACAAACGUACAUCCCCCGGGCCCUGGGGCACACCGGCAUCGCCCCCCGGGCCCCGGGACACACCGGCAUCGACCCCCGCGCCCCCGGCACCGCGCCCGCCGCGCUGCCCGCCGGCCGCACCCUGAGCCCGAUGGUGACCGGCGCCUCGGUGCUGGGGCUGAAGUUCUCCGGGGGCGUGCUGCUGGCCGCCGACACCGUGGGCUCCUACGGAUCCCUGGCGCGAUUCCGGGGCGUCUCCCGGCUCCUCAAGGUCAACGACUCCACCGUGCUCGGGGCCUCGGGGGACCUGGCAGAUUUCCAGCACCUGCGGCAGCUCCUGGAGCAGAUGGUGAUCGACGAGGAGCUGCUGGGGGACGGGCACAGCUACAGCCCGCGGGCGCUGCACUCGUGGCUGACGCGGGUGCUCUACAACCGGCGCUCCAAGAUCAACCCCCUCUGGAACACCGUGCUCAUCGCCGGCGUCUACGGCGGGGAGAGUUUCCUGGGAUACGUGGACAUGCUGGGCGUGGCCUACGAGGCGCCGUCGCUGGCCACGGGAUUCGGGGCUUACCUGGCCCAGCCGCUGCUGCGGGCGGAGCUGGAGCGGGAUCGGGAUGGGGAUCGGCUCCCGACGCGGGAGGAGGCGCGGGAGCUGCUGGAGCGCUGCCUCAGGGUGCUCUACUACAGGGAUGCUCGCUCCUUUAACAGGGUUUGUAUCCCAAAUCCAUCCCCAAAUCCAUCCCAAAUCCAUCCCCAAAUCCAUCCCAAAUCCAUGGGAUCCAUCCCAAUCCUGGGAGCUGCUGGAGCGCUGCCUCAGGGUGCUCUACUACAGGGAUGCUCGCUCCUUUAACAGGGUUUGUAUCCCAAAUCCAUCCCCAAAUCCAUCCCAAAUCCAUCCCAAAUCCAUCCCAAAUCCAU